ACUCCCAUCGCUCAUUCUCUACGGUUCCAAAUUCAUUUCCACUCUCACUCUGCAACAGCCCUUCAACAAAAUGGCUUCUCUCACACGCGCCUCCACUCCUCUCCCUUCCCACCUCUACCGCAGGCGCGACCUUAUUGCUUCGCCAAAAUUGUUCUACCAAAGAAUUAGGAGAAGCUGGACAAGGCUGACGGUUGUUAGAGCCGUUGAUGGCGACGAUUCGUACCUCAGUAUGUGGAGGAAAGCGAAGGAGAGGGAAAAGAAGGAAGCUGAGCUUCAAAGACUCGCUCAGAAUUUGGCCGAUGAUAGCAGCGGCGAUGGUUACGGUGGUGUGAAGAAAGAGGUUUUGGAGAAGAAGAGCGAGGAGUUCCAUAAGAUUCUGGAAGCUCCUAAGGAGGAAAGGGAUCGUAUUCAGAGAAUGCAAGUGAUUGAUCGUGCUGCGGCGGCGAUUGCGGCGGCUCGCUCCCUUAUCCAGAACAAGGAUUCCUCGGGAAAGGAUGAUUCUGGCAACGAAAACCGCAAACCAAUUAGCUUUCAAGAUGACGGAAAGCAGAGUGGGAGCAUUUUUGUUAGUCAACCUGCAAAUUCUGAAAAUAAAACACCUGGUCCUGAUUUUUGGUCCUGGACACCUCCUCAAAGUGCUGAUCAGGUUUCGGUUGAAAUGGAUAGAUUGCAGGCUGCUAGACAAACUUCAGAACUUCCAGUUUCUAACAUUCCGGUUUUAGAGAAAGAUCGGUCUCUUGGUUUUCUCUCUAUUCCUUUUGAGAGUAAAGCUUAUGAGACAACCCGCAAUCUUCCACCAUUUCAGUCACUCGUAGAGGUUGAUAAAACAAAAGUAUCUGAGGUUGCUGUAGAAGAGACUUCUUUAAAAGUGGAACAUGACCUUGAGGUUGAAUUUUCUGCACACGCUGCAGAAGCAGUUGAUGCCAUUCAUAAGGCCAAAGAAUUAUCAUCCCAAGGAGUCAAACAAGAUGGAACUAGAUGGUGGAUGGAAACUGGAGUUGACCAAAGACCUGAUGGUGUGAUUUGCAGGUGGACAAUGAUUCGGGCUGUUAGUGUUAACCAAGCUGUUGAAUGGCAAGAUAAGUAUUGGGAGGCUUCUGAUGAAUUUGGUUACAAAGAACUCGGUUCUGAGAAAUCAGGGCGAGAUGUUUAUGGGAACGUUUGGAGUGAAAAGUGGAGAGAAUCGAUGUUGCAGGAGAAUGGGCUUGUACAUCUUGAAAAAACUGCUGAUAAGUGGGGAAAGAAUGCUGAAGGUGCGGAGUGGCAUGAAAAAUGGUGGGAGCAUUAUGAUGCAUCUGGGAAAUCUGAGAAAUGGGCUGACAAGUGGUGCAGCAUUGACCCAAACACACCCCUUGAGGCUGGUCAUGCUCAUGUUUGGCAUGAAAGGUGGGGUGAACAAUAUGAUGGAUAUGGCGGCAGUGUAAAAUACACCGACAAAUGGGCAGAGCGUUGUGAAGGCGAUGGUUGGGCGAAAUGGGGUGACAAGUGGGAUGAGCAUUUCGACCCCAAUGGGCAUGGUGUAAAGCAAGGGGAAACAUGGUGGCAGGGGAAGCAUGGAGAUCAAUGGAAUCGCACAUGGGGUGAGCAACACAACGGCUGGGGAUGGAUUCACAAAUAUGGGAGGAGCAGCAGUGGGGAGCAUUGGGACACACACGUGGAGCAAGAGACUUGGUAUGAAAGAUUCCCACACUAUGGUUUCUAUCACUGCUUUGACAACUCUGUGCAGCUGCGGGAGGUUAAGAAGCCGUCCGAGGUGGCGGAACAGGUUGAGAAGCCGUCCGAACAGUAAAUGUUCCAUUAGCUUAAUUAUUAAUUAAUUAGUUUAUUAAACAUACAUUCUGCAUACGAAGGUAAAAUUUAGUAACAAGUAGUCAUAGUUCCUUAUGGAGAAACUACUGUUUCGAAGAAAAAAAAAUAAACGUUGCUGAGUUUGUAUAUAGAUAGCAACUAAGUUGAACGUGGA